GUAAAUUGUAGGGGUUCAAACAACUAUUUCCGCUGUAAUUCUACAAAUGUUGGAAUUUCCCUUUAGUUAGUCAUUUGCUUUGAUAUAAAUGGUUUUAUAAUUGAGCAUUUCAAGUAUGCUCUGCAUUAUUCAUCCCAACCUCCGAAAGAAAUAAUCAGCUUUUGUAGCAUGAUUCUCACGAUAAAUUCUGUCUGGAGAAUGUGUAAGGUUACUUAGGAAAGCAAGAACUGAGCUAUGUCUCUUGCUAUUGUUUUAUACACUUUCCAAGGAAGAGCUGUGGAUGAGCUUUCAGUUGAAAAAAACGAGAUAUUGGACGUUGUUGAUAACAAUGAUGAAAACUGGUGGAAGGUGAGGAAUCUGUAUGGUCGAAUUGGAUUGGUGCCUGUAAAUUACUUGGCAGCCCCCCUUCCUGACCGAGCAAUUGCGAUCAUAUCUCGCGGACGAACCUUAGCUAGAUAUGAGAGCGAAGACGAAAAUGUACUAUCAGUUUACAAAGGACAACAAGUUACGAUUUUCGAUAAAAAUGAUGACUAUUGGUGGUACGUUGGAAUCAAGGGGCGAAUUGGCUACCUACCUGAGAAGAUAAUAAAGGAAUUAAAACAAUCUAACGGAAACGAUGAACAAGAACAAAAAAAGUUUUCAUUACCAGAAAUUGUGCCUUCAAAAGCUUUAUGUGACGAAGAAACUGCUGUCCUUUUCUCGUUUCAAAAACCUCUUCCAUCAAAGGGGCAAUAUUUUGUUACCUUUAAAGGCGAACAUAGCGAAUUAACUGUUCUUGGUAAACUGCUCAAUACUUUCACCUUAAAGAUCAGCACGCCAAUUUAUUAUCCUGCAGAAAAAACAAAAGUGACUAUUACUUAUCAACAAUCUGGAUCCCCACAGCAGCUCAUCGCCAAGGGAAUUGAUUUCAUGUUCGAAUCUAAUACAGAUAUCGUUUGUCACAUAUUAGAAGCGGAAGGAGUUUCUUUGGAUUUUGUUCAACAGCUACUUGAAGGCUUUGACAGCGGAAAAUCUGAGAUGCCAAAAAAAGGAAAAAACCGGAUCAAAGACGAGGAUAUUUACGAUGACGUGCCUUUUAUAACUGAGAUCAUGGAAAAGUGUUAUGACAGAUACAUUAUCGACAAUUAUCAGUAUACUCUCAUCCCCAGGAACGUUAUAUAUGACGACAUGAAAAGUAUUGAUGACAACAGCAAGGAUAGAGGAUUAAAUGCUAACCAAAGAAUGUCAGAGGAAGAGGUUCUGCUUGCUCUUCUUGCAAAGUGCGUCAAAGCAAAACGUGUAACAGAAAUACAGGCACAACAAAUAGCAAAGACAUUGUGUUUUAAGACGGGCGCUUAUCAAAGCACGGAAAACUUUUACAACCUUUCCGCCCCUGGCAUUCAGUAUAUUUCCACAAAAGUGGAGCCAGUUUACGAAGUUAUCGAAGAUGAUAAUGUAUUGGAAAUUGCCAAUAAACUAGAGGAAGAUUGGAAACCGCUUGGUAGAAAGUUGGAAAUAUUUGAAUCAGAACUGAACGCGAUAGACGCCGAUUAUAAAUUAGAGAAAGAAAAAGCAUUUCAAAUGCUUUCGAAAUGGAAAAAAAAAAAUGGAAGAGAUGCCACUACGGAAAAAUUGGUUCACGCCUUAAUCAAUAUACAUCGUCUAGAUCUUGCAGAACAGUUGCGUAUGCCACAAGAACAAGAGUUGAACAACGUUAAAGUCUUUAAAGACAGGUUUCUCGACGAGGAAUACAAUCUUCGAGACGACAUACAUGACAUAUUGAAAAAUUUGCCGUGGGUUUGUGAAGCUUAUGGUCUACUGGGUCCAAACGAAAACAUGCCUUAUGAACAUUUGUAUGUCACAGUUGAUAACGUAGAAAGAAAAUCAGAAGAUAUUUUGAGAAAAGAAAUUGAUGAUAUGUUUGGUUGGGAAGCUUCGUUUUUUAUUGAAAUCAAGAAUAAACCAUCAAAAGCAGUAAAGUUUCGACUGUUAUCUAACCUCCGCCCUGAGGAUAGCACGUUGCCAUUCAAUGGCGAUAUUCACAUUCAAAAUAACGAUAGUUUUCAUAACGAUGAUUUUCACGUGAACAGCAGCUCUCACGGUACUUUAACAAUGUUCUGUCGUAACAAAGAAAACUAUUAUGCAUUGACAUGCGCUCAUGUUGCACAAAAUGAAAAUGAUGGGAACAAAUAUUUUUAUCAGCCACCCAACUGUAACAAAGAAAAACCACUUGCACUUGGUACUUUUCCCUGUAACACGAUCAAUAAGUAUAACAGUGAAGCAGAUAUCAUGUGUAUUCCAAUCGGUAAGAAAGAAGAUUUUCAGCGGCUCGGUGGAAAUGAAAUGAAGAGUCUUGCCUUGAAUUUGAAAGAAACAAAUGAAGAACUUUACAAAACGGCAAUAAGCAAGAAAGGGGUUGUGGAAGUUCGAACAAGUAAUCAAAUUACGGGCUAUAUAAGUGAGCGAAAUUUUUCUUUCAUUGACAAAAGUUCGACAUUUAUUUUCAAAAAUGCUGUGAAAAUAAAAAGUCGUAAUCCAUUUCUGCAGAAUGGUGACUCAGGAAGUCUCGUUUAUUUCAAAGAUCGAGUAAAUGUUUGGCGGCCUUUUGCUUAUGCCGUGUGCAAGAUCGAUGAUGGUGAUGAUGGCGAUGAUCAUGUUUAUGAAUACGAUAAUUAUGAAGAUGUCAAGAAAUACUAUUUGUGUUUAAAAUUGGAUAAAGCUCUGAAGAUGCUCGAUUUUAAGAACUCUGAGUACUUUCACAACAAUUAUCUCGUAACAUGAAAGCUUAUUGCGAUAUUUUAAAAAUUGUUUUUAGUUUUGCACUCAGUUAUAUUAACCAGUCAUAGUAUCGAAUCUCAUGAUAAAUUAUUUUAACUGAGGAACUGCACUUUUGAAUGAAGAAACCGUUUUCUGUAAUAAUGGAAAUUUGCAAAAAUUGUAAGACAAUGCCUAAGAACAAUUGUAUGCAGGAGUAUUUUCUCCCAAAACUAUAAGCUUAUGAAUAACCGUGGUUUUCUAUAGUAAAUCUACAUAUAAAAUGAACCUAAGAAUAACUCAGUAAAAAACUAAAAAUUUCCACAAACUA